AUGCCCCAUGGGCAGCCACCCAUGCCGCCUCCUCGACGACAACAAGAUCUACCUUAUGCUGGAGGGCCGCCCAACAUGCGCUCUCCGCCCGCCUAUAUGGGUUAUCACCCUCAGAUGAACGGCCAUCCACCUCCUGCUUACUCACCGCAACAAUAUGGUCAUUGGUAUCCAGCGUAUCCUCAGAUGCAACUUCCUCCUCGACCAUUUCAGCCUCCAUAUGCGCCAAUGAUUGUCUCUUCGUACCCUCAUUCGCCGCCUGUGAUGGCUCCAUCUCACAUGCCACCCCCGUCGCUUGCAAUACAGCCUAGGGCCGCGACUCCUCUUCAAUCUACCAUGUCUCCGACCGUCGGACCGGUGCCUGUCCCAUUAAACAUGCAGGCUCAGUCUCCUGCGGAAAUUCCUGUUCCUUUCACACCCAGUCCAGUUGUGUCUUCGCCAUCUGUUUCAGCGCAUGUGAUACCCGCUGCCCCUGCUCCGAGUGAGCCUUUCCGUGCUCCGUUGCCUUGGCUCUCGGUACCCGAUCGUCCUUUCCCUGCCAGGACCCCUCACAGACGUCGAAAGGGUCGCAGUUUACAAAUUUCAUCUGUCUCGGUCGAGCUGCCUUCAAAGGAACCACAACUAGCUAAUCAGGGAGAAAAACUAGUUGAAGAGAAGCCGGUCGAACAGACUGUGCAGGAACAAUCAGAACCCCAGACUCCAUCCCUAUCUGCUGCUCCUUCGGUUGCGGAUUCGACUCAGCCCACGACACCGUCUUCAGCUGUUGUCUCCACAACGGCCCGCUCCCAGUCACACUCGAAAGGAUCAAAACCCGCCGUUCCUGUGGUGCCUGUUUUGCCCGUCAUCCCAGGUCCUGUAGCCCACCAACGCCAGCCACCUAAAGACGACGCGAGUCAUGAUCCUGAAACUCCUAAAUCAGCAACAGCCUCUGUUGCCCCAGUGAACGAGACACCAAAAGAAGAUGCCGCUGAAGAGACAGCCAAGGCGGCUUCGCCUCCACGUGCUGCUCCUAAGUCCUGGGCAGACCUUGUUCGAGCAAAAGGAACGUUGAGAGUCUCGGGCCCAGUUGGUGCUCACUCGGUCGAGUCUAACGGCCUGGUCAUGCGCAAGAGCGAAUCUCUGGCAGAUGUUCUAACCAGUCUUGGGGAGGACGUUUCUCAGUACAGCGACAAGAUCGCCUUUCUUGAACCAAGAGGGCUUAUAAAUACUGGAAAUAUGUGUUACAUGAACUCCGUCCUUCAAAUUCUGGUCUCCUGCAUACCGUUUUAUCAAUUCCUGGAUCAUGUCGGCAGACGAGCAUCACAUAGCGUCCAGAGCGCAUUUCCUAUGGUCGACGCUAUGAUCAUGUUCAUGAAAGAAUUCCGUGUCAUUGAUGCUUCUCAUUCGGAAGAACAGUUGAGGCUUCGGCUGAAACCUAAUGAGCUCGAAGAAUAUGGCGAAGCCUUUACCCCGGACUUUGUAUACGAAGUGAUUCGACAAUUACCACGAUUCCGGGAUAUGCAACGAGGUCACCAGCAGGAUGCUCAAGAAUUCCUUGGAUUCCUUCUGGAGGAAAUGCACGAAGAAUGCGUUCGAGCUGCGAAAAACGCGAGCACGACAAAACCUGCGGCUUCAACAUCCGCUGAAUCGAUUGAUAAAGAGGAGCAGUCUGGUGAUGGGUGGCUAGAAGUCGGACACAAACAAAAGGCUGCAGUCACACGCUCUUCCGGUCACAUCGCGCAGGAGUCUCCUAUCACCAGGAUAUUCGGUGGCAAGAUCAGAUCGGAGUUCAAGGUACCGGGCAACAAGACUUCCGUGACCUUGGAGCCUUAUCAGCCUCUGCAGCUCGACAUUGGCUCCCCUGAUAUCCACAAUAUCGUCGACGCUCUGAAAGGUCUAACCAAGCCGGAGAGCAUCCAAGGUGACUUUAACUCUUCUCGUGGUCCCAACGUCACUGCCACUAAGCAAAUAUUCAUUGAGAAUCUGCCACCUGUCCUCAUUCUCCAUCUGAAGCGGUUCCAGUAUGACAGCGUGACCAGAGGUACGCAGAAGAUAUGGAAGAAGAUUGGGUAUCCCUUGGACCUUGAGAUUCCCCGAGAGGUCUUCGCCCCGAACAAACGCAAUAUUAUGAUGGCUCAUGGUGGUUUGCCCAAAUACCGCCUCAUUGGUGUCAUCUAUCACCAUGGCAGAAACGCUAGCGGCGGGCAUUAUACGGUAGAUGUACGCCGUCAAGACGGUCGCGAGUGGAUUCGCCUCGACGAUACGGUUAUUCGCCGGAUCAAAAGCGAGGAUGUCGCGGAAGCCGGCGGCGAGGAAGAUCCGAAGGUGCUCGCUGCCGCGCUCGAGCAACACAAGCGAGACAAUACCCCCAGUGCUAACAUCUUUGGUCAUAUUGACCAGGAUGAUCAGGAGCAGUCUGACAAUGAAAGAGGCUGGAGUCAAGUGAAUGGAACGAGCACGGGAGGCCAUUCGAGCAAGAAGUCCACCUCCGCCGUUUUGAACGGGGCCUCUGCCGCUGCUUCGGGAAGUUCUUCCGGAGUCAGGACUCCCAUCGGCCGCUAUGGGUCUCGUGAUAACAAAGUGGCAUAUCUUCUCUUCUACCAACGUAUUGCAUGA